GUACCUUUUACUGGUAUUACUCUUAGAAGUUACAUACAUAAAGGGACCGAAUGUGCGACUGAUUAGCAUACAAGGCGUUGCCAUUGAAUGUGUGAUUGUUUUUGUCGUCAAUUAAUUGAUGUUUUGCUGUAAAUAUCAUUACAUUUAACACACGUUUCGCUUGUAUUGUCACCAAUUGGUCCAUAAGUGUGCACACGAGUAGAUAUUCGCAAAAAUGGUGGUCAAAGUGCUCAUCUCAGGCAUCUCUGCCUCCAAAGAGAUUAAGAAAUACCAACAAAGGGCUCAAAUGCUGUUGGAUUCGCUGAGGAUUGCCUACGAGGCCAUCGACAUCACCGAACCCGGACAUGAAGUCGAGAAGGAUCUCAUGAGGAAUGUCUGCAAAAAGAGGAAUAACAAUACGAUAGCACUUCCGCCGCAGUUCUUCAACGAUGACCGCUAUUGCGGGGAUUACGAAGACUUUUCUACGGCCAGCGAUGACGACACUGUCUUAAGCUUUCUGGGACUGGAAGAGGACAUCACUAUCGAGAACGGAGACGCCUCUCCCGGGGCAGCCGGAGGUAUGACCCCUUCCGACGAUAAUGACAGUCACUCUAUAGCUAACGGCGAACGCAAAGAGUCGCCCAACGAUGUAGUGAUGGACGAGGAAGUGGUGAGCGAAGUGACUACUGUUGAGGAAGUGCUCACAUUAGAUGGCAAAGUGGUGGACAUUCCCGCCGACAAGAUAUUUGAAAUAAAGGGCAAAAAAUUGGAUUUAAAUGAAAUGUUGUUCACAAAAACGCAAAAAGUAGAUGAAAUGCAUUCAGUGGUCCGGAGAGAGAGUGACACCAAUGAUACGAAUGAUACAAAUGAGUCAAUGGAGACAUCCGGUGAUAACGAACCCAUUCCUGAUGGGAAUGAGACACAAGAAUCACCGGUUGUUAGGAGUGAUAGUGUAGAUGAUGUCAAGAAUGGUAGCGAUAGUAAUGAGAGCGUAGACAGCGAUGAGGACAGUGUUGAUGAGGAGGAGAAUUAG